AUGCUCGUCCAAUUGUCCCGAGCUACUCGCGCCGCUUCGGCUGUCUCUCGGCUGGCGAGGCCCAGCGCCGUCCAGAUGAGGGGAUUCAUUGCCCCCACGGUCUCCCGAAGAGCCGACUUCGUCCAGGAGCUUUACCUCAAGGAGCUCAAGGCUUACAAGCCCACUCCUAUCAAGGAGUCUGACGCCCAGGGCCAGGUUCAGACCUUCAACAUUCCCCAGACCCCCAAGUCCCCCGAGGAGGCCGACCUUGCCGCCAGCCUGAAGGAGUACGAGAGCAUGGCCGUCGAGGUCGAGGGCCAGGACGCCGAGGCCGUCGCUGCCGGUGGCCAGCCCGUCCAGCGCGACUGGCUCAUGAUUGAGGAGGAUGAGGAGGAGGCUCACCACUAA